CUACAGGUCUCCAUGCAGACAUUGACAUUGAUGCUGACCUUGAUGACAUCCAUGAUGACGACAUGGACGAUGAUGAUGAUGACGAUGAUGAGGAAGAGUUUCAUCACCGUGACGAUGAUGAUCUCCCCAGGAAAGAUGAUCCAGGGAGGAAGGUUCGUUUUGCAGAUGAUGAUGAGGGAGAUGAGAAGAUUCCCCCAGGUAUCACCCCGCUCCAGUACAAGAUGUUGAAGAUGGCUGGACAACAGAUUCCCAAGAAGGGAGAAAAGCGGGAGGAGAAUUCAGAUGAUUCAGAUGAGGAGGAGGCUGAAGGUCCUCAGCCGGAGCCAAAACAAGGCCCGCAGCUGCCGACAUCUGGGCCACCUGGAGCCCCACCUGGAGCCCCACCUGGAGCCCCGCCCGGCCCCCCGACUGGCCCCCCACCUGGUCCGCAGCAGACCCCUCCAGGUGCACCCCCUGGGCCACCACAAGGACCCCCUCCAGGACCACCUCCUGGAUUCCAAGGACCAAAUCUUCCCCCAGGCCUCAGACCCCCUCCUCUGCGAGGACCUCCACCAGGACCCCCUAGAAUGCCCCCUCCGGGGCCCCACCAGGACGCCCCCCUGGUGCUCCCCCUGGCCCCCCUCCAGGUGCACCACCCCUCCUUCGAGGACCCCCUCCCAGAUUACUCCCUCCCGGUCCCCCUGGUGUACCUCCUCCACGAGGCAUGCUGCCCCGGAUGCCCCCUCCCGGCGCUCCCCCUGGCAUGCCCCCUCCUCCUGGCGUCCUACCCCCCAGCAAUCCCAGCGUGCUUAGCGCCCCUCCCAGCCUCAUCAGCCGACCAAUGAACAAAGAGGACUCUGCCACGAUCGAGAAGAAGCCGACGGCCACCAUCACGGCUAAGCCGCAGAUUCGAAACCCGACGGCAGACGUCACGAAGCUCGUGCCUGUGUCGGUACGCAUUAAACGUGAUAACAAAGGAAAGAA